AUGCGCCCCUCAGAGUUCAAGUACACGCCCGGUAUCAUUUCCCGAGCCGCCUUCAGCCACCCGCACGUCGUCGUCGCUAGAGUCUCCACCAUGUUCGGCCGCGCGCUGCGUAACCCCAAGCUUAUGUCGCUGCCCGUUCGCCAGAGCGCGCAGGUGCGCCGCCUCAACCUGCACGAGUUCCAGUCGCUGGAGAUCAUGAAGGACUUCGGCGUCGCCACGCCGCAGGGCAUCCCGGCCGACACUCCGGCCGAGGCCAAGGCCGCCUUCAGCAAGAUCCGCGGCGACCGUGAGGGCGUGGACGUGGUGAUCAAGGCGCAGGCGCUCACGGGCGGCCGUGGCCUGGGCACGUUCAAGAACGGCUUCAAGGGCGGCGUGCACAUGUGCACCAAGCCGGAGCAGGCCGAGGACUUCGCCAAGAAGAUGCUCGGCGAGACGCUCGUGACCAAGCAGACGGGCGAGAAGGGCAUUGAGGUGGCUAAGGUCUUCCUCAUGGAGCGCGUCUGGAUGCGCCGCGAGAUGUACUUCUCGAUCCUCAUGGACCGCGCGUCGCAGGGCCCCGUCAUGGUGGCCUCCCCCGCCGGCGGAACCUCCAUUGAGGAUGUGGCCGAGGCCACGCCCGAGCUCAUCUUCAAGGAGAACGUCGACAUCUCGACGGGCCCCACGGACGCGCAGGUCUCGCGUCUGGCCAAGGCGCUGGGCGGCGAGGGCGAGGUCCUCAGGAAGCUCGAGACGCAGAUCAAGAACCUGUACAACAUGUUCAUCGGCGUGGACGCUACGCUCGUGGAGAUCAACCCGCUGGCCGAGACCCGCGAGGGCGAGAUCUUCGCUUGCGACGCCAAGCUCAACUACGACGACAACGCCGCCUUCCGCCACAAGGAGAUCUUCGCCAAGCGCGACAAGACCCAGGAGGACCCGCGUGAGGUCGAGGCCAGCGCUUACGACCUGAACUACAUCGGUCUGGACGGCAACAUCGGCUGCCUCGUGAACGGCGCCGGUCUGGCCAUGGCCACGAUGGACAUCAUCUCGCUGUACGGCGGCUCGCCCGCCAACUUCCUGGACGUGGGCGGAGGUGCCACGGAGGAGCAGGUCAAGAAGGCCUUCGAGAUCCUGGACGGCGACGACCAGGUCAAGUCGAUCCUGGUGAACAUUUUCGGCGGUAUCAUGCGCUGCGACGUGAUCGCCGCCGGUAUCGUGGCCGCUGCCAAGGACCUGGGCUUGAAGAAGCCGGUCAUCAUCCGUCUGCAGGGCACCAACGUGGAGCCUGCGCGUAAGAUUAUCGCCGAGUCGGGCAUUAAGAUGAUUGUGGCCGACGACCUGGAGGACGCCGCCGAGAAGGCCGUGAAGAUCGCCGACAUCGUCGCACAGGCGGAGCAGGUCAAGAUUGGCGUCGAGUUCGAGGCCUAAGCGACUGCCUGCGAUCGCACGUAGCACCAGGGUUUACUCAGGUGAAAGACACCCGAAUGCUCGACACAGAACAGCCACUAAUAAAAGAAGUCGUGGAGUGCGUUGGUGUGCACAAGCC